AUGUUUGCAUUUGCUCAGAAAUUCGUUAAAUCAAUUGAACAAUCCGCUGAAACUAUAAUAAGUGGCGGUGCUAAUGAUGAAUCCAUAUUAGAAAAUGAUGCCUACUUCAGUAAUACAAAAUUCAAUAAAUAUGGGCUAAGAGUUAUUUCAGUUAAACCUGAAUCAAAAGCAUCUGAAUUGAAAUUUGAAAGUUGGUUUGAUUACAUCAUUGGUAUAAAUGGUCAUGAAAUACCGACUGGUUAUAAUGAACAACAGCAAUUGGUUCCAAAUUAUGAAUACCUAAUCAAAGAAAUUGAAAAUUGUAAAAACAGAUCUGUUAUAUUUGAAGUUUGGAAUGCUAAAGGUGGUGUUUUGAAAAACAUUGAAGUUAAUAUUAAAGAGUUAUCAAGUUCAAGCAAUUUGGAUGAUAUCCCAAUAGAUCAAAAACCAAAUAAUAUUAUUCAACAAAGUUUUGAAAAAAUUGGUGUAUCGAUACAAUGGACCCCAUUAAUCACUGCAACUUUUGUUUAUCACGUCUUGGAGAUACAUCCAAAUUCACCAGCAGAAAGAGCUGGCUUAAUUGAACAUUCAGAUUAUAUCAUUGGUGCUCAAGAUGGAUUAUUAGCCACUGGUGGUGAAGAUUUAUUGGGACGUUUGAUUACAUCAAAGAAGAAUCAAUCAUUGAUCCUAUACGUCUAUAACCAUGAUUACGAUGUUGUUAGACCUGUUACUAUUCAACCUUUUGAAAACUGGGGUGGAGCUGGCUUAUUGGGAUGUGGAGUUGGUUAUGGAUUUUUACACAGAUUACCUCAAGCAAUUUUAAAUUUUGAGCCUGGUUCAAUCUUAUUUGAUGAUAAUAUGACUCCAAAUUAUACACCAAAUUUCUCCCCAUCACAUAAUUUGAGUCAAGAAAGUUUUAAUCCAGUGAAUCCGUUACCUCCUGUUGCCUCUAUCCCACCACCUCCAACUUCAAAACAAGGUUCAGUCAGUACUCCUUCACCUUUAUCUGCAGGUGCUCCACCACCAAUCCACGGUAGAAAGAAGAAACAAGGGGCAGUGAAAUCAGAUUUAUUGGAUUAUUUACAAGAGGAAGGUGAAAAGAGUAGGGAAUUGGAUAAUCAAGGAAGACCAUCUCAUGAAACAGAUGCAGCUUUACCUCCUCCACCAAAGAAAUGA